CAAUUUUUUUUUGCUUUUAAUUGAAGCUUAGUGAAUAUUAGUAUUCUUACUGUCUCAAUUUUUACUCUUAAUUGAAGCCUAGUGAACAUUAGUAUUCUUACCGUCUCUUUUUUUCACUUUUAAUUUAUGCCUAGUAAAAAUUAGUAUUUUGGCAGGCCAAAUUUAGUACUGUUAGUUUAAGCUUAGUAAACGUUAUUAGGAACACUAGUGCACACAAGAUGGCGAGUUUGUAUAGUGUUUUGCUGCGUUGGUUGGAGAAGAACCGAGGCAUCAUCGUGGUGCUGGUGGUGUUGCCGCUGUCGGUCGUCUUCAGCGCCUACGUCAGGCUGCGUCAAGCCGCCCUCAGGUGGCUGGCUGCAGGUCCUCAGCUACACGACAGCAGGGUUAUCAAAAUACAGGCUCAGGUGAAGAGAUGGGCCCAACGUAAGCCCUCAGAACGCAAGCUGCUCUGCACAGCUCGCCCCAACUGGCAGUCGCUCUCCACCACCUUCUUCAGGAAGGACCUGUGUGAGCAGAUCUCGCUGCCACUGUACAACAUCCUGAACCUGGACGAGAAGAACCUCGUGCUGAGGGUCGAGCCUCUGGUGACGGUGGGGCAAGUGACCUCAUAUCUCGUGCCUCGAGGGUACACCCUCGCCGUGUGUCUCGAGGUCGCCGAGGCCACGCUUGGGGGUCUCGCCAUGGGCGUGGGGAUGACCACGUACUCCCACAAGGUUGGGUUGUACCAAGAGAGCGUGGUGAGCUACGACGUGGUGCUAGGAGAUGGUUCUCUGGUUACGGCCACCGCAACCAACGACCACAGCGACCUGUACUACACCUUACCGUGGUCGCACGGCACUCUCGGCUUCUUAGUUGCGCUCGAGCUCAAGAUAAUCAGGAUCAAACCGCACCUGAAGCUCGAGUACAUCCCUGUGAGAGGCCAGAAGCAAUACUGCGACCUGAUGAGGCGCGUGAGCGGCGCUCUGGACGCCAGCGCCCCCACGCCCGACUACGUCGAGGCGACCGUCUUCAGCAAGCACAGCGCCGUCGUCAUGGUCGGCACCUUCAGCGACGUGCCUGAUCAUGAGCGCCAUAAGGUGAUCCCCUUCUGCAACAACCCCUUCUUCAGGUAUUUGUUCGGGUUCCUCUUGCCUCCCAAGAUCGCCUUCCUUAAAUUCACGACGACACCGGGAGUGCGCGCCAUGACCUUCACCAAGCAGGUGUUCCAGGACAUUGUGCUGCCCAUGAACCAGCUCGAGGACCAGAUCAACAAGUCUGAGGAACUCUUCGACAUCUACCCUCUACUGGUCUACCCUUGCCGCAUCUACGACCACGGCCCCAAUAGAGGGCAGCUGCGGCCACCUCGCCAGGACCAGCUGGUGCCAGGUGCGAGGUACGCGAUGUUCAACGACCUGGGCGUGUACGGCGUCCCGCGCCCUGUGAUGCUCAAGAAGCCCUACGACGCUGUCAAGCAUAUGCGCCUCAUGGAGAGGUUCACCAGGGACUGCGGAGGCUACGCGUUCCUGUACGCAGACACGUUCAUGACGCGGCAGGAGUUCGAGGAGAUGUUCGACCUGACGGCGUACGAGCGCUGCCGGACCAAGUACUGCGCCGAGGGGGCCUUCCCUCACCUCUACGAUAAGACGAAGCCUGAGAUCGACGUGGUGGAGGUCGGCAAGCGCUACAUCGACCCCCUCUGACGUGCCCAAGACGAGCCAUGUUGCAUCCUAUCUUAUGGUGUCUAGUAUGGUGCCAGGUAUAAUAUGGUGCUAGAUAUAGUGUGGUAGGUAUAGUGUGGAGCUACUACCGUGCUAGGUAUAGUGUGGAGCUAAGUGUUGUGUGGUGCUAGAUAUUGCGUUCAUCGUAUGUUACGGUGUCUAGUAUGGUUCUAGGUAUAGUGUGGUGCUAGGUAUAGUGUGGUGCUCUGCACUGCGUUGCUUCAUCACGUGUUAUGCUGUCUUUGUAUGGUGCUAGGUAGAGUUUAUAUCCAGUGUACUGCCAUGCACUGCUACCAUCACAUCAUUAAGUGUCUAGUAUGGUGCUAGUGUAAUACUAUAUCUAAUGUACUACUCUGUCUGUAAUAUUGCUAUAUCUACCGUCAAUGACACACGAGUGGCCACUCCCCAGAUACUGCACUUAUCUCGCCGCUCGCUAAGAGAAACAGCAUCCAUAAUACAGCUCUGAGGCCGUGCUAUAGUAACUUUUUAUUACACGUAACAGCUUAAGUUUACGUAGCGGCCAUUUCCUUACCUAUGAUUGGUGGGUAUGGCUUGAAAUGCUUUCGUUGAUUGGCUGACGGGGUUGCGAACUACUUUUGAUCGUACGGUCCCAGGUAUGUGAGUUGAAUUCAAAAUAAACUAGAAUAAAUUAACCAAGAUUAACUUGAGCAUUUUAUGUCUCAUAUACUUACCGAGAACAUCAUUGAUAUGUAGGGUUCGAUCGCCUCAUAAUAAGUAGGAAGCAGUUGCGAUCACGUUAGAAACUUCAGUUUUUUUCAUACGAAAUAGCUAUUUUUAUUGAAGACCGGAGACAUACGUGUUGUGAUGACAUGAGUGGCGUUGAUGUUGGUAUUUUACUAUGUUGAAUAUGAUGUUUCUGUCAUAUCUAGGAAAAAAACUACGUCAUGUACAUUCUAUGGCUGGUAUAAAGCCUCUCCUAAAAUAUUACAAGGUCUAAUUCUACGUGGUAUUAAUGCUUGGUGACUUCCUAAACCUCGGUAACCGUAAAUCAUUUUAUGUUUUUUCCAGCGAUAACGACAGCGAAAUUCUUGUGAUCCUAUCUUUAUUUGGGAUAUUAGGACGAAAAAAUAAAUUGAUUGUACAUUUUUGCUGAAAUAUAUGUUUAUUACCUUUUAGCUUUAGCCUAUGAAUUGCAGAAUGAUUUCCAGACUCAUGACAGUUAAGAUAGAGUGGACGAAAUAUUAUUAUGUCUUUUGCAUUAUAUGCAUUUAUUAUAUAUUUAUAUGGGUUGUUGCUUCGUGUUUUUCGUUACUAAGACACUUCACUUGUUAACGUAGAAUGUUUUUUGAGAAACGAAUGUUGCAGACGUUUAAUGCGUUCUGUCUUUUAACAGACGUGAAUGUUUCCAGCAAUAAUGUAUUUAUCUGUUAAUAUGCGUUAUAAUCUAUUUAAACCAAAUAAUUCCUUAGAAGUAGCUAAUUAAUAUUAUUCACUUCUAAUGGGUCAUGUCUGCAGUCUGCGAGAAACGUUUUCUUGCUUCUAUUGAUUCGUUUUCUGAACCGCUAAAAGUGGCUAAAAUUAUGACCACAAUAUUGUACAUUGUAUGUACAUUAUGCAAGUUAUUUCUACUGGAGAUCAUAAGAAACGAGUUGUCUCAUUA